AUGAUAACAGAUGAAACCCUAAAUUUGCUUUCUCAAACCCUUGAAUUGGCUUGUAAUUUGGUGGAUGCUUCGAUUUCUGGUUCGGGUUCUAGGUCUUCGCAUUUAUCGAGCUCGAUUGCGCAGGUAAUUCAUGAUUAUGGUUGGGAUUUGUCUGAUUGUUGUAAUGAUUCUGAUUUGUUAGGGACUGUUAGGUCGAAUUUGGUUGUAUUGUUCUCACCUGUUUGUAGAUCAAAUAAGGAUUUGAUUGAUUUUAUGGGUGUUGAUGAUGUUGUGAAUGAUUGUGAUGUUUUUUGUGAUAAAUUUAGAGGGGUUUUUGGGCAUGUGAGAGAUGCUUUUGCUAGUAGGGAUAUUCAUUUCAGCUGGGUAGACUUGAACUUUGAUAAUGAUGGCGGAAACGAUGUCAAAAAAGAUAAACUUGAUGAAUAUAGCAGAUUAGUGGGGUUUUUUCAAAAUGGUGUUAAGAGUUUAGGUUGGGGUUUAUGUUCUAGUGAUUCAAUUGUCUUGGGUUCUGCUCUUGUUUCGUUUGGCUUAAUUUAUCCGAUGAUUGGUGUUUCAGCUACUUUCCCUAAAUUAAAUGAUAAAUGUAAGAAAGUUUGUGGGCAAUUGAAUCUUGAGAUAUUGGAUGUGAGUGGGAAACCUAUGGAAUGCAAGUAUUGUGAUCUCCAACUGCUUGAUCUUAAAAUGUUACGUGGGCGUAGGCUUCACGGUCUUUCAAUCUCUGAGGGGUCUGAAAAAGCUGGAGAGCUUUCUCAACAAUCCUGUGGAAUUUGGGAGAGUUUUGGUGAUGGGGUGGUGAAGAUUGAUGUAAAAUCUCUCUGUAGAAAUGGAGAGAGUGUAAAUAUGGAUGAGCAAAUUUCUGAUGUGGUACUAGUUGAUGAGUUAUCAACAGAUUCAAAGAAAAAGAACGAGAAGUCAUCUACUGAGUUUUUUGCUGACAGAGAAAGGUUACUGGGCAUCAUUGCAUUUGUCAAAUGCCAAGGGCAUCAUAACCAAGGGGUUCUCAAACCUUUUACUAUUAAUUCGGCUUUUCUUUUUAUUCUGAAAGAUUGUACUGACUUAUGUGGAGCUCAAAAUGGUGUAAGUGAGCUAAACCUUGGACACGGUAGCUCAGAGAAAGGAGAAAAAACUGUUGGAAUUGACAUGAGUAUGGAUUCUGUGAGUGGGGUAUGUAAAAGUGAGAGUAGAAGAAAGCACAGAAUGCAUCCCCACAGGUACAAGGAUCUCUCCUGGGGCUCUUUCUGCAAAGCAGCUGCUCGACCCUGUGAGAUGGAACUUGAGGGAGCUUACUUUUCCAAGGAAUGUGAUACUUCAAAGAAGUUAAAGUUUUUGCAGUGUUGGAUAAAACAGGCCGCAAAAAGUAGCUCAUCACUUCCAUGCAAGUCAGACACACCUAAAAUUAUGGAGAAAACAGAGGAGAGAUUGUGCCAGUUGCAUCAAGAAAGUCAGCAACCACUUCCUUCUCUGGCUAAAGAACACGCUGUUGUGGGACCUCAAAUAAAACAAACUGGAGCUUCGCAAGAAGCUGCUGAAGCUUUCUUUAGUAAUUUAUCUCAGAGAAUUCAAAAUGGUAUUGCAUCAGGAGUUGACUUAGUGGCUUUUGCGCAGCGGGUAGUUUCUUCAUGUAUUUAUUGGCUUAGGCGGAAACUAGAACCAAAUACAAAAGAAGAAAGUCAAGCCUCCCUUGAAAAAUCAGAUGGUAGCAGUUAUGGAGGACUAGUAGCUGGUGAGCUCAUCAAACUCUUACUAAUCAAUCCAAAAGACAUAGCAGGAAAGCACAAAGAUAGUGAUCUAUCCUCUAAAGCAACAGAUGCACAUUCAUCAAAUACCUCAUCUGAAGAUAGAAUUAGACAGUAUGAGCUGCAGAUUUUGUUUCGCAUGGAGAUACUUCAAUCAGAGAUUGUUGCUGGUAUACGGGAUUCUACCAAGAACAAAUUUGUUAAGCAGAUCUGCUGUCUUUUAGAGUUUAUUCAGUGUAACAUGGAGGAUGGAUUUUUUGGAGACUUUGACUUUAGUGAUUAUGUGGGCAGGACCAUCAAAAGCAGGUAUUCGCAGAACCUUGGGAGUAUUGUACAUAAAAUCUAUGAUCAGAUGGAUCUAUUAUUGUUUGAUGAUGGUGAUGAUGAUGAAUCCCCUAAUCCACUACUCAACAGUGAGGAUAGCAGUCAAUCAUGGAAAGUAGGAAGUGAACCCAAUUCUACUGAUGAUUCACUUCACACCGGUAGCACAGAUCAUGAUCGCAAACUGGUUGAAGCUCAAGAAAGGAGAACAAGAGCUUUGAAGUUUGCUUCUUUUUCACGAAGAGCCAUGCCUGACUUGCAGAGAGUGUGGGCCCCUAAGCCACCAAAAUUGUCCAGGUCAAAAUCAGAUUCUUUUCGUAGGUCCAAGAGGAAAGACCGUCAUAGAGAAAACUAUGAUCGGGUCUGCGAAACCCCAACAAGUGGGGCAAAAAAAUGUUUAUUCCCUUCGGAUGGUAGUGUUGGUGAUGUUGAAGAGUAUAGGGAGCAUGGGGGGAAUUCAACUAGUUCCGUUCACAGGGCUUUGUUUCAGGAUGAGUCGUGGCAUCAUGAAUGGGGGCUUUGAUUCAUAAGCUACAUUGGCCUAAAAUAAUACUGUAUUAGUCAACUUAGACACAAACAAAUACCUGUGUAUACCAGAAGCUUUGCGUGAAGCACAAAUACAACAGGACACACCUGUAAGACUACUUGCCUUUGUACAAAAAUAUUUUCAAUUGACUUGUAGAGUAUAUCCUUCAGUAAAUGUAUAACUAGGUGUUUUUAGCAGUAUAGGCACUAGGAGCCUUGUACGCUGUAAUUCCUUUGUAACAUGUUGUUUAAUGUUGUCUAGAAUUUCAAGACACGUAUACAGCAACUUCUGUAUCAGUUCAGCAGGGAAGAAGCAGGUGCAGUUCAGCAACUUCUGUAUCAGAAAUUGCAUAACAAUAUCUGUGUCUCAGUUUAGUCUUGCUAAUAUAAGCUGUGAUCUGGGAGUUUCUAUUAUGUUCUACAUUUUAACGAGAGCCAUGUUAUCAAUCU